CCAACACUAAGGGUGGUUGUUUUCCCAUUGUCAAGGUCUCUAAAGGUUGACUUGUUGGAGCUAUUACUUGUGCUUUAUAGAAAUGGAGAGUUCUGAACUGGAGCUCAAAAGUCAUGAAGCCAACUGUACUGACAGCGAUGAAGAAGGAGCAGUAAUUCCACGUUCCGUUGGGGAAGUGGUUGAUGAGAAUGAGGGCUCGAAUGAAGUUCUUGUUGAGGGGCUAGAAAAGAAAUUGUUGGAGCAAGUUGUCUACAGUGAGGAGGAGGCCUAUAUGUUGUACUGUGAUUAUGGUCAAGCAAUGGGUUUUAGCGUCAGGAGGGGAAAGCAAUAUUAUUUCAUGGGUACAAAGAGGGUUCGGUCAAAAUGUUAUUGUUGCUCCAAGGAAGGCAUCAAGGAUGACAAAGUUGAUGCCCUUACUUAUAAAAAGCCUGAAUCAAGGACAGGAUGCAAAGCAAUGAUAUGUUUCGCAUGUGAUGACAAUGGGCAAUGGAAAGUUACAAGAUUUGUAAAGGAGCAUAAUCAUGAAAUGGCCCCGGCAUAUGCGAAGCCUUCGUUAAGAUCUGGACAGGCAAUCUUAACUGCUACCAUUUAUGGCAAUGGUGGAGUGUUAGAAUCAUCAAUGAAUGAACGUGAUAAAAUCCGGGAGCUAUCCUUACAGCUGUCAAUUGCAAAAAAUCAAGCUGCAACCUUUGAAAAGCAAGCUGCAACCUAUAAAAGGCAACUGGAUAUGGUUUUUCAGCACAUUGAGGAGCACAAUCAGUCACUGUCAAAGAGAAUCCAACACACUGUAAGAAAUGUUAGCGAUUUGGAAUCUGAAGAGCGACGAAGUCAGAGAUAAUUUUAACUUACAAUUGGGAUCUCACGAUCAGAACAUUGUUAGUAGAUAGCUUUUCGGAAGCUGUUUGGUGAAGUUAACAUUGCUUCAGAUACAUGUUUUGACAUAUAUGGAUUUAGCGCUGAAUGUCCAGUGUAGCUUUUCAAUUCGUCGUUUUAGUUCUUUGUAUAGAUAUGCACAUUGUAGAAAUAGCAUGUGCACAAUAACUCAUUAUAUGCUGCUGGUGCAAACAUUUUCUGGUGGUUUUUAGAGAUCUCAAGAAAUUGGAAUAAUAAAAUUUGAAAUGAACUCUUUUGCCUUGAA